CGCCGGGCGGCCGCCGCUCAGUCAGUGCCGGUAUCCGCAGAGUGAGGGUGUCGCUGGCCGGGAGAGCUCGGAGCCGCCGCCGCUGUAUACACGCUGACCCCUAUACCCCCGCACACACAGAGGAUGAAGGAGUGUAACGGGACCACCGCCGGCCCCCCCGGGGAGCACCCCCAGCCGCCCCGCUCCCGCUGUGCCCGCUUCCUCCGGGGGAACCUGCUGGUGCUGCUCACCGUGCUCGGCGUGCUGCUGGGGGGCGCCCUGGGCAUGGCCGUGCGGCCGCUCUCGCUGGACAGUGCGCAGAUCUCCUGGUUCUCGUUCCCCGGGGAGCUGCUGCUGCGGCUGCUGAAGAUGAUCAUCCUGCCGCUGGUGGUGUGCAGCCUGGUGUCCGGCGCCGCCUCCCUGCAGCCCUCCGCCCUGGGGCGCCUCGGCGGCUGGGCGCUGCUCUUCUUCCUCAUCACCACGCUGCUGGCCUCCGGCCUGGGGGUCUGCCUGGCCCUGCUCAUCCGCCCCGGGGACGGCGCACAGGGGGAGCUCGGCGGGGGAGAGGCCAUCCCGGAGGGCAAGGAGGUGGUGGACUCCUUCCUGGACCUGGUGCGGAACAUCUUCCCCUCUAACCUGGUGUCGGCAGCUUUCCAGUCGUACGCUACAAGUUACAAGCUGGUCAAUGUAAGCAGGAAUGUAUCUGGUAUGGUGGAACUGAAUCAGACCGUGGUCAAGGUGCCGUAUGGCCAGGAAGUGGAAGGCAUGAAUAUCUUGGGCUUGGUGGUCUUUGCCAUAGUCUUCGGAGUGGCCCUUCGGAAGUUGGGCGCCGAGGGAGAGAUCCUCAUAAAGUUCUUCAACUCCUUCAACGAGGCCACGAUGGUGCUGGUGACCUGGAUCAUGUGGUAUGCGCCGAUUGGUAUCAUGUUCCUGGUGGCUGGUAAGAUCGUGGAGAUGAAAGAUGUGAUCCUGCUCUUCACCAGUCUGGGGAAGUACAUCUGCUGCUGCAUUGUGGGGCACGCCAUCCACGGGCUCAUCGUCUUACCGCUCAUCUACUUCGCCUUCACCAGAAAAAACCCGUACCGCUUCCUGUGGGGCAUUGUCAGCGCGUUGGCCACCGCCUUUGGGACCUCCUCCAGCUCCGCCACACUCCCACUCAUGAUGAAAUGCGUGGAGGAACGGAACGGGGUGUCCAAGCAGAUCAGCAGAUUCAUCCUCCCCAUCGGGGCCACCGUGAACAUGGAUGGCGCAGCCUUAUUCCAGUGCGUGGCCGCCGUCUUCAUUGCGCAGCUCAACAGUUACCCGCUGGAUUUUAUUCAGAUCAUCACUAUCCUGGUGACGGCCACAGCGUCCAGUGUGGGGGCCGCAGGGAUCCCGGCCGGAGGAGUCCUGACUCUCGCUAUCAUCCUAGAAGCAGUUGGGCUUCCGACCAAUGACAUCUCCCUGAUCCUGGCGGUGGAUUGGCUGGUGGACCGCACGUGCACGGUGCUGAACGUAGAGGGUGACGCAUUUGGCGCUGGACUCCUCCAGGUGUAUAGUGACCGGACUGCAGAGCCCAGCAACGAUCCCGUGGAUUUAACGGGGGUCAGAGUAAUAAACGCAGAAGAGCAGCCGGAGGGAGACCCCUUAUUGAAGAAGGAUUUGCGUGUCAUGGUGGAUGGCGCCAGCCCCCUGGAGAAGGAAUCUACGAUGUGAGGAAGUGACUGUCUACCUGUGCGGAUGAUGUUACACUGCCCCGGUCAAGGGCAAUUUUAUUUUUUUUAUAUUAAUAUUAUUUUUUAUAUGGAUUUAAAUUAUCGGCGGUGUUGUCAGCGCAACAAGGUGCGUUCUCCUCCAAUCAGGGCCCCUGAUCACCGUUCUGUAAAUGUCUUACCGCAGGCCCCUCCCCUGCCUGCACAAUGCUGCGAGGAGCUGUCGCUCUAUUUUCUACGUCUGUGUGGGUUACGUGUUGUGUGUCUGUAAUAUUAUUGCGGAAGAGUUGUGAUAUUGUUAUGAACUAUGCCGUGAAAGGACCAAAUUGAAGCUGCGGUUAAGCGAUUUGUGUGUUUGUCCCAUAUCCAGAUCCGUGGACACUAGACGUGGUCUGUCAGUGUCUGUGACCAUGGUGAUCAGACUUCAUAUGGGCUGUGAUAUCACUAUGGGGGCGUUCUCUGUCCUGGUGCCCUGAUAACUGGGUGCGUGAGGCUUCGGACUGGAUCACGGCCGCUUAGCGUGGCUCUUAUACUAUAAGGCAGAGGUUCUCAAAUGUAGUCCUCAAGGCAACACAACAGUCCAGGUUUUAAGUAUAUCCAUGGCUCGGCACACAUGGUUAAAUCAAAUUGAGGCGCUAACUAAAUCAUCUGUGGCCAAACAUGGAUAUACUUAAAACCUGGCCUGUUGGGGUGCCUUGAGGACCGCGUUUGAGAACCUCUGCUGUAAGAAUUACUACUGACGUGGUACGUAUAGUGUGGCUGCUGUGUGGAGACACGCACAGAACAGAAGGAUCAGAGUGACUGAGUAAUGUUGUAUCGAAUGAAGUAAAACUCUAAAACCGACAUAAAGGUCUCUGUUGUUGGCUCUCAUGGUGCAUGUAUAAGGUCUGUGCGGAGUAUUGUAUCGUACGGAGGGGGUGUGACGCGCUCUGGUGGGAGAUGUGGGGUUUAUCUUUCUGCUUCCUGGAAUAGUACAUUACAGCCCGAGUCACAGGUUACGUUUACUGACCAUAGAGUCAGAACCUCUCCUUACAGAGCGUCUACCCCAAAUGACAUAUUCACCAAUAAUGUAAUGUUCUCUUUCCGUCAGCUGGGGGACACGUCAUAACCAUGCUUUGGUGAGGGAUGGAGGGGGGAGCACUUACUGGGAUAACUUUUAUAGUACAUAAGCUCAUCUGCUCCAACCCCUCUUCCAUACAUAGAUCUAUCUCUGAGGUUCUCAUGGUACACCAAUGGUGCAGGUUUUAGGUAUAUCUCUGGCUCAGCAUCAAAUUGUCUGAGGUGCUAAUUAAGUCCCCUAUGGCAGAGGUUCCCAAACGCGGACCUCAAGGCACUCCAACGGUCCAGGUUUUAAAUGUUUCCAUGCUUGGCCACAGGUGAUUUAAUUAGCACCUUGGUCAAUUUGAUUUAACCAUCCUUGCUGAGCUGUGGCUAUACCUAAAUCCUGGACUGCUGGGGUGCCUUGAGGACUCCGUUUGGGAAUCUCUGCCCUAUGGAUAAAUCUAAAACCUGGACUGUUGGUGUUCCAUGAGAACGUCUGAUGAAUAUGUAAAUGCUCUCUGGGUUCCUCAGCUUCACUCCUAUGGCUCAGGGCCCUGUAAGAUACAGCCGAGAAACCUCUCCUAUGUACAGACAGCAUCUGGCUCCGGGAAAUGCAGCAGGGGUUGGAAUCUGGUCAGGGAUGAGCAGUGGGGACUGGGUGGGGGAGGCUGGCAGUGGCAUGCGGAGUGCUGGUUUCGGUGCAGGAUGCUGGUUAGAGACGGGCGCUCUCUCAGGAUGGGGCUGGCGGUUCCAGGUGCCACAAUAAGCAGCUUAUCAGGUAGUAGAAAUGGACCAGACCACCUAGGAUGUAGCUGGAUUGAAGGCUCCUGUUUCACCCUAGUGAAUGGGGUGAACAGUAGGGGCAGAUGCGCUCAGUUCCUACCCUCUUAUAAGCGUCACAUGCUGAGGUACGGCGUCUGGCUGAGCAGAAACGCAGAUUCAGCCGGGGAGGAGCCGCGUUGACCAGGCUCAGUCCAGCAGCUGAAGAGCGGAUCUGGCGCUAGCAAAGCUCCUCCCUUCCCUCUCCUCAGGGCUCCAUGUGUAAUUACUGUAAGAUAGCGGUCUGUAUAUGUGCCGUGUGCUACAUCCGGAUCAAUACGGUUACUGUGUGUUUUCCUGGGGACGUGUAUUCGCUGAGGGCAAGUCUGGUGGAGGGAAGUCCAGCACUUCGAACUUUUGUUCAUGUUGUCAGACUAAGGGGGGAAUUCAGACCUGAUCGUUGCUGUGAGUUUUUGCACAGCAGCCAAUCGGGUCUGUACUGUGUAUGCACUAAUGCGCCGGCGUGCCGGUCAACUGCAUUGGUGCAUAGCGAUGGGAUGGUGCGAAAAAAGCGAUCACGAGGUGACUGACAGAAAGAGGCUGUUUGUGGGUGGAAACUGAUUGUUUUAGAGGAGUAUCUGUAAAAACGCAGGAGGGCCCUGGCGUUUGGAGGGAGGGUUUCUGAUGUCUGCUCCGAUCAUCGCAGCGGCUGAGUAAGUCCUGUUCAAAGACUGCACACACUCCUGUUUGUGCAGCUCUCCUGCUCAGCGAAUUCCCCUUCCCCCUGCCGGCGUUCCAGCGCUCUGUAUGCUGAUGUUGGUGUACUGACAUUUGGCAUUCCGAGCGGCGGUAUAGCGUACCAAUCCCCCUUAGAAUGUAUUUUUCUCUGAACAAUACUGGCCACUGCAGGGCCUAAACCUGGGUACACACUGCAGCAAUACCGGCCCAAUACGUUGUUUCCGGCCCAAUCAGAAUGAUGCAUCAGCUGGAUCAUUCAAUGUGUACGGCCAAUCAUCACACUCCCACGGUCCUUAGCGAUAUUAUCUGCACUGCGCGGCCAACUGGACAGUAUCGCAUUGCUGCACUGUGUACCCAGCAUAAGUAUUGCAAGAGACGACGUGUUGAGAGUUCGAGGUUCCUCUGAAGGUCAGGUGGAUGAUUCUGAUGUAGAUAAAUCUGUCUCAUUCAUGGAAGAUAGCGUUGGUGUACACGGUGUAGAUGAUUUAGUUACAGCGGUUUGUCAGGUCCUUGAUCUAAGUGAUAAUGUCAAUCAAGAAAAUGUUUCUACUGAUUUAUCCAGGACCAAAGAGUUAAAGAGAGAACUUUUCCUACAUCAGAGUAACUGCAUUGAUCACAGAGCCGUGUGAAAAUCCUGAGGAAAACAUUCCAGGUGUUACGGCGGUUUCCAUCCAUGUUAGCAAUAUUGCCAUAGAGAACAGUCACCAAUGGGGGUAAUUCUGAGUUGAUCGCAGCAGGAUCUUUGUUAGUAGUUGGGCAAAACCAUGUGCAGUGCAGGGGAGGCAUAAGUAACAUGUGCAGAGAGUGUUAGAUUUGGGUGGGGUGCGUUCAAUCUGCAAUCUAAAUUGCAGUGUAAAAAUAAAGCAGCCAGUAUUUACCUUGCACAGAAACACUAUAACCCACCCAAAUCUAACACACUCUGCACAUGUUACAUCUGCCUCCCCUGCAGUGCACAUGGUUUUGCCCAACUGCUAACAAAAAUCCUGCUGCGAUCAACUCAGAAUUACCCCCAUUGUCUCCCUCCUCUAGACUGUGCCGCCCUUAGAGACCACUCAUCGUAAUUCAGGAAGUACUCGUAGCCAUUUAUAUUGUGGUAGGUGCUACACUUAGACCUAGUAUGGUGAAGAGGAUUGAUCUAAUGGGGGGGGCCUACCCAUGGUGCAAUAUUUCUACUGAUAUACUCCUACUAUAUAGUCCAUUGGGAUACGGUCAUUAGAUUGACAGCACUUUGGUCGACAGUUUCACUUUUUUUUUUUGCACAUUUCUUGAACCUUUUCAUACUUUACGAUCCACAUGGACUACAAUUGGGACCGGUAACCUGUGCUGAGCGCAGCGGUUCGCUCGCCAUGUGAGGGGACACGGUGCACUAAUUGGGGUUUUUUGUCACUUUACGAAGAAAAAAGCCAAAAAAGUUAAAAAAAACAACUCAUGUCGACCGAAUGACCCAUACCCAGUCCAUCUCGGUAGAAAACACAGUGCAUAUCGCACCAUGGGGGUCAUUCCGAAUUGUUCGCUCGCAUUGCACACGCUAAGCUGCCGCCUACUGGGAGUGAGUCUUAGCUUAUCAAAAUUGCGAACGAAAGAUUUGCAAUAUUGCGAAAAGACUUCUCUGUGCAGUUUCUGAGUAGCUCGAGACUUACUCUGCCAGUGCGAUCAGUUCAGUACUUGUCGUUCCUGGUUUGACGUCACAAACACACCCAGCGUUCGCCCAGACACUCCCCCGUUUCUCCAGCCACUCCCGCGUUUUUUCCAGAAACUGUAGUGUUUUUUCGCACACACCCAUAAAACGGCCAGUUUCCGCCCAGAAACACCCACUUCCUGUCAAUCACACUCCGAUCACCAGAACGAAGAAAAAACCUCGUAAUGCCGUGAGUAAAAAACCUAACUGCAUAGCAAAUUUACUUGGCGCAGUCGCACUACGGACAUUGCGCAUGCGCAUUAGCGACUAAUCGCUCCGUUGCGAAAAAAAUAACGAGCGAACAACUCUGAGUGACCCCCCAUGUGUAAACACCUUGCAAUGCCGAUGCGUGGUCCUGCAGGAUCGGCAUUGCAAAGACAAAUAGCGUGAGCAAGUAGAUAAGAUAUUGACUAUAUCUGAGGUCCAUGCUUCCAGACAAAAUCUAGUCCAUGUCGGCUAUGGCACCGCAUGUAUGUGGCAUUAGUCUCAGUUGAUAUAGUCCAUGUCGGCCGUGGCACCGCGUGUAUGUGGCAUUAGUCUCAGUUGAUAUAGUCCAUGUCGGCCGUGGCACCGCGUGUAUGUGGCAUUAGUCUCAGUUGAUAUAGUCCAUGUCGGCCGUGGCACCGCGUGUAUGUGGCAUUAGUCUCAGUUGAUAUAGUCCAUGUCGGCCGUGGCACCGCGUGUAUGUGGCAUUAGUCUCAGUUGAUAUAGUCCAUGUCGGCCGUGGCACCGCGUGUAUGUGGCAUUAGUCUCAGUUGAUAUAGUCCAUGUCGGCCGUGGCACCGCGUGUAUGUGGCAUUAGUCUCAGUUACCUACAGCAGAGGCAAGAGUACUUAAGGGCCCCAUACACUAGAACAAUAAUGCCCAAUUUCAUCCAAUUUCGGACCGAUAUAUUGGGUGAAAUUGGGCAUUUCGGAUCGGCUCCCCUAGAUAGUUAGUGCUGCACUCGUGAUAUGUCUGUUCCCGCAGGCAUGGCUGGGAUUGCAUAUGAUAUAUUGCAUGCAAAAUGUACCAAAUCGUAUGGAACCACUCCCGGGAGAGUUCAAGGGAAAUCACCUCCGACAUCAGCCUCAGACGUAUCGUUGUAGUGUAUGGGGCCCUUAAGAAUCCUGUACAAGGCAAAACCGUGCCUGGUAAAUGAUUGCCUCUUUAUAAAAACAUCCAAGUUCGGCCGGGAACCCGACUUCAUUACAUCCUGCUGUAGAAAGUGAUGGCAGAUAAGAAGCACUUCGCACAUUCAGUAUGGCCUCUUUUUCUUUUCUUUUUUUUUUACCUUUUGUUAACGUCAACCCUAUUUGAUCCUUAGUUCCUUGUAAAUAUAUUCUUAUGUCUAACCAAGCGUGUUUAUAUUGCUCUAUUGUAUUAGCCUCUACCACCUCUGAUGGGAAGCUAUUCCACCUAUCCACUACCAUUUCUGUAAUUUUUCAUCACGUUUCUUUGGAAUCUAUCUCCAUCUAGUUUCACCAUUUGCCCUCUGUGGCCGGAGAGACCCCCAGCCCACGUGGACAAUGGCUGCUGCGGCACUGAAGGGGUUAACCCCUAGUGCCUGGCGCCAUUAUAAGGACAAUGGGCGCUAGGCGCUUCAAAUGCUUUUAAAACUAUUUUAAAGGUGUGCCACGGUCCCGGACCUCUCCGGCGACCGCGGCAGUGAGGGCAGCCCCCGGCGUGCUGAGCAGUGUGUGCGCGCCGGGGGAGAGGGGAACCGCUGCAGCCGGGAGAUCAGCUCCCGCUGCAGCCAUCAGGUGUGCGCCGCCGGAGUCCGGGAGCUCCGCUCCCGGCAGCGGUGAGCACAGCCCCCGGCGCACUAAGCUGUGUGUGCGCCGGGGGAGAAGGAUGAGCCGCUGCGGGUGGGAGCUCAGCUCCCGCUGCAGCGCGCUCUGUGGUUGCCUCUGCUGGGGGGGCCGGGAGCUCUGCUCCCGGCGCCUCAACCCAUCGGAGGUGGCCAGCCGCGGCAGCCGGUACGAACGUCCCGGGCGGCAAGGGGGGUGCGCCGCAGCGUCCGGGAGUUGAGCUCCCACCCGGCACCUCAGUGCUACAAAGGACACAGCCACGGCGGCCGGGACAAGUGUCCCGGGCCGCCGGGCUUCGGAUCCGGGGGGUGCGCCGAGGCCACUGGGUGAGUGCCACACUAGGGAGACAGGGAGAGCCAGCUCCCUGGACCCCAGUGGCGGCCAUUACAGGCAGGCUCGAGGAUGGGGGAAGCCAGCCCCAUACCUCCAGCACUGAGAGAGAGCCCCAGCAGCCAGGCUGCAGGGCUAGGGAAGCUGAGCGCUGGGCACAGUAGUUAAAAACAGAAUAAAACAUUGUUUUAAAUGCAAUAUAUAAAUAUAUUGUGUUAUGAGGCCAGUGCCUGGGAAUGUGGAGCCUGUGCAGGGCACAGGCUCAGUGUAGAUUUAAAGGGAAACACGUGUCUAAAGGAAAUGUAUUUAAAGGUAAAAUGCACUUACUUGGUUGUGUGUCCCAGGAGGGGGGAAUCUCUGGCUGUGCAGGCUGAUGGAUUCUCCCAGACCUUUUCCCCCAAAAACGGAAUGCUUUCCCAUCCAGCCUCACACUUGAAAGGGGCAUUGGGAGAGAGAGAAGAAGAUCAGCUUUGAAACAAGCUGAGUGGUUUUCUGGAGCUCCAUGGAGAUCACCCAUAGUGGCCAGGAAACCUUGACCGAGGAUCUAGGCUGCCCAGCUCUGGAGCCCAAAUCCAGACUGCAGGCAGUGGGCUAGGUCCCGGGCAGGUUUCUGGAAGUCAGUUUAGGCGGGAAAACUUCCCCCAGCCAGACUGAACGGCACCGGGGCGUAUCUUGAUCCUCCAGGAUGGGACAGGCAAAGGAGAACGACCACUCCCCACUGUCCAUAGGGAACAAUGUAGCUGUGCAUGUGACCAAGGCAUGCACAGCCCAUGGGUAAACAUUGAUUGGUUGUACACCACAGGGCGGGCUUACCCCCUGUGGUAAUGUGUAUUGGAGUAGGAUAAAAGGAGGGCUGCUGCCCCAUUGUAUUGUAUUGUACCAUCUUCAUUCUGCUGGAACAUCUUGCUGUAUGCUGUUGCCCCUAGCAAUAGGGAUGAGUCUUUUUUAAGGCUAUUAUUGAGCAAAUAAACAUCUGCCUCAAGA